UACUCCCGCCUCCGCCUCCUCCUUUGCCUCCUCCCCGGCCAGCCGGGAGCCACGUCACCCAGCACUGGCUUUGGGGCUGCUCAGCCCAGCCCGGCUCGGCCGACAGGACAAAACCCAACUUUGCCCAGGCCUUGAAGGUUUGGGGAGGGAGAAAAUCCCCACGGUGGGGACAUCAAGGCAGGGGGACGCCCGGCCUGGAGGGCAGAGCGGUGCAGGGGGAAAGGCGCUUGGAAGGGGGGCUGAGCUUUCCUCCGCCAGAAGAAGAGAGCUGCAGGCUGCGGGAGGAGGAGAAGGAAAGUUCAGCAGGACGUGAGCGCGCGCUCGGCCGAGGAUAAAGCUCCCCGCGGGGUUUUACAGCCGCCCUCGCCCACCACCGCCAAGGAGCCUGCGCCGCCAUGAACGUCUUCCGCAUCCUGGGGGACAUCUCCCACUUGCUGGCCAUCAUCAUCCUGCUGCUGAAGAUCCACAGGUCCAAGUCCUGUGCUGGCAUCUCUGGGAAGAGCCAGAUCCUUUUCGCCCUCGUCUUCACAACCCGCUACCUGGACCUGUUCACAACCUUCAUCUCCGCCUACAACACCGUGAUGAAGGUCAUUUUUUUGAUAUGCUCCUACGUCACCGUGUACAUGAUCUACGUGAAAUUCCGGAAAACGUUUGACAGCGAGAACGACUCCUUCCGCCUGGAGUUCCUGCUGGUCCCCGUCACAGGCCUGUCGUUUCUGGAGAACCACAGCUUCACCCCCUUGGAGAUACUCUGGACCUUCUCCAUCUACCUGGAGUCCGUGGCCAUCCUCCCCCAGCUCUUCAUGAUCAGCAAGACGGGGGAAGCAGAGACCAUCACGACGCACUACCUUUUCUUCCUGGGCCUCUACCGCGCCCUCUACAUCGCCAACUGGGUCUGGCGCUAUCACACCGAGAAGUUCUACGACCAGAUCGCUGUGGUGUCCGGGGUGGUGCAAACCAUCUUCUACUGCGACUUCUUCUAUCUCUACGUUACCAAAGUCCUAAAAGGAAAGAAGCUAAGUCUUCCAAUGCCUGUUUGAAGACAUUUCCACAGGCAACACAAGAAAUUCCGAAGAUGAAGCGCUUACGAUGACAGCUUUCCUUUCCUGGCCCUUGUCGACUGAAGAAUGGCUCAGCUGAGCUUCACUCGAGUGCCAGGCAGACAACGAGGCCCGGAAAGCUGGUCUGCUUUUCGUCUGGACAAGACUUUCCCUCCACUUUUUUUUUUUUUGUAUUUCUUCUUACUUGAAUUUGGUGCUAUUAAGUAGUGCUGGCCAAUACUAAGAUAGUGCAAAUCAUUCUCUCCCUGCUCUUCUCAGCACCCACCUCCAAAAUAUGCCUCUGCUUUGACCCUGAGGCACGACAGGGAAUAAAAGGGAAAUAAAAGGUCACUGCCUGUUAGUCCUUCAGCAAGUGCCUAUAGUAAAGGGAACACUUUAUUAUUAAGUCUGGUAAGAUACGCAAAGGCCACUGGCUCAUUGCACACGUGGCCACAUCCGACACAGCAGAUGCUAUUGCUGUUUUAACCACGAAUUACCAGCCCCCCAAAGUGCCUGAACCCCAUUCUGCUCAGGGCCUCCAAUCUUCCAACGCCACAGGUAUUCAAACCCCGCUCACCCACCUGCAGUGACAGUUCAUGUCCUACAAAUAAGGGAUGUUUCGAUUAAAAUCAGAGGGUUGCCACAGAUGUUUCCCAUUCCUUGGAUGUGACUUUUCUCAAGAACUGGGAAGAAUGGGGGCAAAGACUGUUUUACACUCCAAAAAUAAAGACAAAGCUCACAA